AUGGAAGUUUCUCAACAAAUGUGGAAGGAAGAUAUUUUUAAGAGAAAAUUGAAGAAGGAUGUAGAAAGUUCAGUCAUUCUUUGGUGGAAAAGCUAUAUUGGAACCAAGGAAUCUAGGGAUGAAGUUCUAAGAGGAUUAGAUCUACAAACUGGUUUCUUUACCUUUAAACAAAUAAAAGUUGCAACUAACAACUUUGAUGCUAUAAACAAAAUCGGAGAAGGUGGAUUUGGAUCAGUCUACAAGGGUGUGCUAUUAGAUGGCACUACUAUUGCAGUUAAGCAACUUUCUUCAAAAUCGAAGCAAGGGAAUUGUGAAUUUAUAAAUGAAAUAGGCAUGAUUUCUGCUUUGCAACACCCAAAUCUUGUCAAAUUGCAUGGAUGUUGUAUUGAAGGGAAGAAACUAUUAUUGGUUUAUGAAUACAUGGAGAAUAAUAGCCUUGCAAAUUCUUUAUUUGGUAACCAACUCUAUCAAAUCCACUGA